AUGUCCCGCAACAGCAGUGAAGACAGCCGUUUUUCCUUCUCCCAAUGGUGCCCUCCGCCAACCUCCCUCCUCAUGUCCAAACUCCCACUAACAGCAACUUCCCAGGAACCGCGCCCUUUCAACCCGCCUCUCGCAACGCAGCAGCACGGCAACCACAAGCACCUCUGUCACAUCAGCAACAUCCUUCUGCUCUUCCCCGUCCUCAAGCAUACCCCGCUCCAACUUCUUCCUCUCUUCCCUGCCCAUCCCCUUCCCCAAUAUUCCCCUAGGCGAACCAGCUCUCUCCCAGCCUCUCCAUCGCCUCAUCAAAUCCUUACGUUCCGUGAUGACGCCGUCACCGACCUCGCCGACAAGCUCUCGGUGCUGCUAGGUGAGAUUGGACGACAGGAAGCACAAUUUGCAUGCCGGUGGGAAGAGGUCAGGGGCAUGUUGAAGGUUGUGCGGGGGACGGAGAGGGGAGUUGCGAGGGUGAGGAUGCUGGGGGAGAGGUGUAGAGUCGAAGUGGGAAGGUUGAGGGAGCGGGUGCAGAGGGACGGGGAUGCAAAUGGGGGAGGGGAUAAGGGGAGGAGGUUGGUCGAGGCAGAGAUGGAGCUGGUGAGGCUAGAGGCAGAGGAGUUGGUUGCGGAGGCGCAGUUGGGGGGUGUAGCGAUCCUGGCCCGCCACGGGCUGCGGCUCCUGUCCCUGCUCGACAGCACGCCCUUGGUGCCAGGAGAAGUCAGACCAGCGUUCCCUGCCACAGCGAUGGCGCAGGCACGUCAGAUACUCAACGACGCGGAGGACGAUCUACGGACGUGGGAGCUGAGCGGGAUGGAUCGGAUGUUGUAUGAGUUGUCCCUCCGUCCCGACGACGUGGCCCACGGCCAAGCCGUGGGGCAGCAUGGCAUGGCAUGGGCACAGCAUGGCCGCAUGGAUAUGCUUGGAGAUGAGGAUGGAAACGGGGGAGGGGAUGGGGAUGGGGAUGGGGAUGGGGAUGGGGGCAUUCCCGAAGAGGAGGGGGAUGGGGAUCGGGAUGAAGGAGGAGCAGAAGAAGAUGAGAGGGAAGAAGAGCAGACGGCUCCUCCCGUGCCACCUAGGCCAAGAAAGAAGGGGAAGAGCAAGCAGGAGAGUUUAGGGAGUGAGAGUGGGAGUGAGGGCGGCGUGGAGGGUUGA